CCUAGGCAAACUGACUGUGCUGAAUUCUCCGUGUCUUCAUUCCAGACAAGCAUCUAACUAUUACAAGCAAUUGAUACAUGCACAAAACUUUUCACUAAAAUUGAACAAAGAAACUAAUUUUCCAUGACAAUAUCCGACUUUUGGAUGUUGUGCACAGCUGGAUAUACAUCGCUGCCCAGUGUUCAAGAAUAAAGGGUCAGAGGAAAAAGAACCAUUAUUGUCACGAUAAAUAUCAGAAAAAGACCAAACCAUGGGGUUUCUUAUACAGAUAUAUAUCUGCUUAAUUGUUCUUCUCAGUUAUGAAGUGAACUGUGGUAUCAUAAGGAAAGUUAUCCGCCACAAGAGAGAGAACAGUUUAAACAUCACUCUUCCUGAAGAUAACCAGCCAGUUGUUUUUAACCAUGUAUACAAUAUUAAGGUUCCAAUGGGUUCGCUUUGCUCUGUGGACCUCGAUCCUGAAAAUGAACUAAAGCCACAAACAGAAAUUGAUAAAACAUAUCAGGAGCACACUUUAAAUGGUGAAAACCAGAUUGUUUUCACACAUCGUAUAAACAUCCCACGAAGAGCAUGUGGCUGUGCCUCUGCUCCCGAUAUCAAUGAUCUUCUGAGCCGUUUAGAGGAAUUAGAAGGACUGGUAUCUUCUCUUAGAGAACAAUGCACAACUGGUGCAGGAUGUUGCUCUGGCCCACAGGAUGCACAAGGUGUGUUAGAUACAAAACCAUACUGUAAUGGUCAUGGGAACUACAGCACAGAAUUAUGUAAAUGCAUUUGUGAGCCUGGAUGGACAGGACCUAAUUGUACAGAUGCCGAAUGCCCAGGAAAUUGCAACAACAGAGGACUAUGCAUAGAUGGAAAAUGUGUUUGCGAAAAGGGCUUCACUGGAGAAGACUGUAGUGAAUUAUCCUGUCUAGAUGAUUGUAAUGACCAGGGGAAAUGUGUCAAUGGUGUUUGUAUUUGUUUUGAUGGUUACAGUGGAGAAGACUGUAGUGAAGAGGUGUGCCCAGUACCCUGCAGUGAGCAUGGAAAAUGUGUGAAUGGACGAUGUGUGUGUGAAGAGAAUUUCAUUGGGGAAGAUUGUAGUGAGCCACUUUGCCCAAAUAAUUGUAACAAUCGUGGAAGGUGUGUAGAUAAUGAGUGUAUAUGUGAUGAGGGUUACACAGGAGAUGAUUGCAGUGAACUCAUCUGUCCCAAUGAUUGUUAUGACCGUGGUCGAUGUGUAAAUGGAGUAUGCUAUUGUGAAGAAGGUUUCACUGGAGAAGACUGUGGUGAGUUUGCCUGCCCUAACAACUGCAACAACCAUGGUCGCUGUGAGAAUGGCCUAUGUAUUUGUGAUGAUGGCUUUACUGGAGAUGACUGCAGUGAGCUCAGUUGCCCGAAUAACUGCAACAAUCAAGGACAAUGUGUAAAUGGACAGUGCAUUUGUAAGGAAGGUUACACAGGAGAGUUUUGUGGUAAACUUAGAUGCCAAAAAGACUGCAACAAUCGAGGAACUUGUGUAAAUGGGAAGUGCAUUUGUGAUCAGAAAUUCAUAGGAACUGACUGUGGAGAUUUGAGAUGUCUUAAUGAUUGUAGCAACAAAGGGCGCUGUGUCAAUGGUCAAUGUGUAUGUGAUGAAGGAUUCAUUGGACAGGACUGCAGCGAGUUAAGGUGCCCCAAUGACUGUAACAAUAACGGACGGUGUGUAAAUGGACAAUGCAUUUGUGAUGAAGGAUUUACUGGAAAGGAUUGUGGUGAACUAAGGUGUCCCAAUGACUGUAGCAAUAGAGGACAAUGUGUUAAUGGACAAUGCAUUUGCAAUGAAGGAUUCAUGGGCUUGGAUUGUAGUGAAUUAAGAUGCCCUGAUGACUGUAAUCAUAGAGGUACUUGUGUAAAUGGCCAAUGUAUAUGUGACAGUUUAUUUAUGGGAGAUGAUUGUAGUGAAUUACGUUGUCCUGAUGAUUGUAACAACAGAGGACGCUGUGUUAAUGGGUUGUGCAUCUGUGAUGAAGGAUAUACAGGUGACAACUGUGCUGAGCUAAGCUGCCUAAAUAACUGCAAUAACCAAGGCGUCUGUGUAAAUGGAGAAUGCAUCUGCGAUGAAGGCUUCAUAGGAGAUUUCUGCGGUGAAGUUUCCCCACCUAAAGACUUAAAAGUGACAGAUGUGACAACAGAAACUAUGAACCUUCAAUGGGCCAACAAACUCACAGUCACUGAAUAUCUUAUCACCUAUGUUCCAACCAGCUCUGGUGGCUUGGAGCUUGACCUUAGAGUACCAGGGGACCAGACAGCAGCAACUAUUAAAGAACUUGAGCCAGGGGUAGAAUACUUUGUGCGUGUAUAUGCCAUACUGAAAAACCAGAAGAGUAUACCCGUGAGCGCAAGAGUAUCAACACACCUACCAACAACAGAUGACUUGAGAUUUAAAUCUGUGAAAGAGACAUUUGUGGAGGUAGAAUGGGAGCCUUUAGAUAUAUCUUUUGAUGCCUGGAAACUUAUCUUCAGACACACAAAAGAGAAAAAUGGAGAAAUAAGCACAAGCUUGGAAAGGCCCGUCACCAGUUAUGUGCAACAUGGACUGGCACCAGGAGAAACAUAUGAAGUGUCUAUACAUGUUAUUAAAAAUAAUACACAAGGUCCAGGCUUGUCCAAACUUACCACCACAAGGUUGGAUGCUCCAAGUCAAGUUGAUGUGAAAGAUAUUACUGACUCAUCUGCUUUAAUAACUUGGGCUAAGCCAUUAGCAGAAAUUGAUGGAGUUUCCCUGUCCUAUGGAACAGAGAAUGAGCCUAGAACAACAGUGGAAUUGUCUGAAGAUGAAACCCAAUAUGCCAUAAAUGAUUUGAAGCCAGACACAGAAUAUGAGGUGGUACUCAUAUCACGCCGCGGAGAAAUGACAAGUUAUCCUGUAUCAGAAAUAUUCACUACAGAUCUUGACACCCCCAAGAAUCUGAAAAAGGUUUCCCAAACAGACAACAGUAUCACUUUGGAAUGGAAGAACAGCCAAGCUAAUAUAGAUUUUUACAGACUUAAGUUUGCACCUCUGUCAGGAGGUGAUCAUGAAGAGAUUACUGUUCCCAAAAGCAACUUGGCUACAUCGAAAGCCACACUUACAGGUCUAAGGCCUGGAACAGAAUAUGGAAUAGGGUUAACAGCUGUUAAACAGGACAAAGAAAGUUCCCCAGCCACUAUCAAUGCUGCAACAGACUUAGAUUCUCCCAAGGACUUGGAAAUCACCGGAGCCACAGAAACAACAAUUAAUCUCCAAUGGAAAGCACCCAUGGCUAAAUUUGACCAUUAUCGGCUCACCUAUAAACCUAGCAGUGGGGCUGAGAAUGAAGUCAAAAUUCAAGGAAAUGUCAAAUCCUAUGUGCUGUCUGGGCUUGAACCUGGCAAGGAAUAUAGUAUUUCACUUGUAGCAGAGAAAGGCAGACAAAAAAGCAAGCCAGCAUCUGUGGUGGGCAGUACAGAAGUACCUCGAGAGCUUGGCAGUUUAUUGAUAUCUCAAGUGAGCUGGGACUCAUUCAAACUUUCAUGGAUUGCCCCAGAUGGCAACUACGAAAAAUUUGUUAUACUGGUUGAGGACUCAGGAGAAGAAGAACCUAGACAUAUUGUAGUUCCUGGCGAACUCCGCUCUUUGGAAGUUCCAGGACUGAAACCAAAUACAAAAUAUAACAUUACACUUCAUGGUGUGAUUCAGGAAUCUAACACUAAGCCCAUCUUUGGUGAAGCAGUUACAGAAAACAAACCAGAAGUUGAGAGUUUAGUUGUGUCCAAUGCCACUACCAACAGCUUUGAUUUGAAAUGGGAAGCAACGGAAGAUUCUUUUGAGGGAUUUGUUGUAGAAGUGGUUGAUUCCAACAGGCUACUGGAGCCAAUGAAAUUUAAUAUCUCUGGCAAUCUCAGGAAAACAUCUGUCUCAGGGUUAUUACCAAACACUUACUACACCAUCUACCUCUAUGGCAUUACUCAUGGUUUGACUGCACAGCCUAUUAGUACUUCAGUUACUACAGAAAUGAAACCUGAGGUGGGAAACCUCCAGGUUUCCAGUAUUACUCCAGAAGGUUUCCAUCUAUCUUGGACAGCAGAUGAUAGCGAUUUUGACAACUUUAUCAUUAAAAUAGUGGAUGCCAUACAGCAAUUUGAACCAGUAACUCUAAAAGUACCAGGGGGUGAACGCAAAACCGUUGUAACAGGAUUAAGAGAUGCAACAGAAUAUGAAAUUGAUCUGUAUGGUGUUGCCAGUGGUAAACAGUCUGAGACAAUAGAAGGAGAAGCAACUACAGCUUUAGGGUCACCUAAAGGUAUUGCCUUCUCUGACAUCACUGAAAACUCAGCAAAGGUCACCUGGAUAGCACCAAAAACCCUUGUCAACAAAUUUAUGCUCUCGUAUGUUCCUGUAAAUGGAGGCACCAGCAACACUGUGGAGGUGGAUGGAUCUAGAACUUAUACUACUCUAAUUAACCUUCAUCCUGGGGUGGAGUAUAUUGUGAACAUUGUGUCCAUAAGAGAAAAUGAAGAAAGUGCACCAGCCUCUGGAGUUCUUACCACAGGUCUCGAUAGCCCUUCUGGUCUAAGAGCCAUUAACGUUACGGAGUCAGAAGCAUUGGCGGUGUGGCAGCCAUCAUUGGCUUCUGUCGAUAAUUAUGUUUUAUCCUACUCUGCAAAGAAUGCCCCUGUGGUGACUCAGACUCUGUCAAGUAACACUGUGGAGAAUGAUAUUAUUGGCCUGCAACCUGCGACUGAAUACACUUUGAAGAUGUAUGCUGUUAGAGGACAACUUAGGAGCCCAGAAAUGUCUACACAAUUUACCACAGCUUUGGAUGGUCCAAGAGACUUGACUGCAACAGAGAUCCAAUCUGAAUCAGCACUCCUAACAUGGAAACCUCCACGAUCAAUCAUCACAGGAUUCUUGUUGAUUUAUGAGGCUGUAGAUGGAACAACUAAGGAAGUAACUUUGGAGCCAGAUUCCACAACAUAUACAUUAUCGGACCUAAAUCCUUCUUCUCAGUACAGUGUAAAGCUGCAAGCAAUACAUGGAGCUAUUAGGAGCAAAUUUAUUCAAACCUUAUUUACAACAACUGGACUACUUUAUCCAUAUCCUAAGGACUGUUCUCAGGCUCUAUUAAAUGGAGAGACUGCAACUGGAAUGUACACAAUUUAUGCAAACGGUGAUCAAUCACUACCCAUGGAAGUAUACUGUGACAUGAGUGUUGAUGGAGGUGGAUGGAUUGUGUUCUUGAGAAGAACUGAUGGGUCUGAAGAGUUCAACAGAAAUUGGAGGACAUAUGCUGCAGGCUUUGGAAAUCCUUCAAAUGAAUUCUUUUUGGGAUUAGAUAAUCUACACAAGAUAACCUCUCAGGGAAUGUAUGAAUUACGUGUAGAUCUUAGAGACAACGAUGAAACUGCAUAUGCAGUUUAUGACAAGUUUGUAGUUGGAGAUUCCAGAAGUCGAUACAGAAUGACCGUUGAAGGCUACAGUGGUACCGCAGGAGAUUCUAUGAGCUACCACAAUGGACAUCGAUUUUCCACAUACGACAAAGACAAUGAUUCUGCUAUAACUAACUGUGCUCUGUCCUAUAGAGGGGCUUUUUGGUACAAAAAUUGUCACAGAGUAAACCUUAUGGGAAGAUAUGGUGACAACAAUCACAGUCAGGGAGUCAACUGGUUCCACUGGAAGGGACAUGAAUAUUCCAUUCAGUUUGCAGAAAUGAAAUUAAGACCAAUCAGUUUUCGAAAUCUUGAAGGGAGAAGGAAGAGAGCAUAGACCUUUGCUUUACAAUAACGAGAAGCUCUAGGAAAGGUGUACAUGCUGAUGGUGAUAACAGUCAGCACAUCGGCCCUAACACAAAACUUUGUUCCACUAAAAAUAAUUGCCCUAUGAAAAUGACAGUGUCUUAAGAACUUCUUUGCUUGGAGGCCUUGCUUAGAUGCAUUUGUACACAUGUUUCCAGCAUAUUAACAGCUGCAUUUCUGCCAAGCAGCUUUUAUUCUCUGUGGCCCAAACAAGACCAAAGACAUUCUAAUGCAGCUAUCUGUGCCUAUUUCAUCCUCCAUGUGUGAGGCAGGCAGAAAGGAUGGGUACAAAUUUUGAUUGAAUAAGGGAAUUUGUGUACAUUGAUAGUUUUAGAUACUGUCAUAUUUUAAACCAAGAUAUUGUAUAUUAUUUUGUAAGUGUUUUUGAUGUAUUUGGUGCAUUAGGAAGGUUUUUUAUAUAACAAUACAUUACAUUUGUAUAAUGUAUAAAAAAACAACAUUUUUUUAAUGUAGAUGGCGUUUGGUUGGUAUGAUUAAAAUUGAAUACAAUGUUGGAUGAUAAUCAAUAAAUAUCACUAUAUCAAUAUUUAAAUUAUGAAA